UUUAGAAAGUUUCUUAAAUUCCGCAACACGGAAGUACUUUUUUUUGUGUGUGUUGCUGACAAGCUGGUUACUCCUCGUUACAGGGCGGCAGCUUCGAUCGCACAUGGCAGACUACAAACGGGUUGUGUUUCAGCUCGCAAAGCGGUUCACAAAUAUAUUCAGAACACACUAUGCAGCCGGUCUGUAUACCUCAGUGUUGUGUGCAGCCUGUCCGAGUGGUGAGAUGCCUUUGGAUAUACGGCGUAAAAAACAACAUUAAUUUAUUGGGUUAGGCUGAAAGGCUGUUAAGUUGAGCAUCCCACUGCUACUGUUCUAGAUGACUGUUGGGAAUAUACAAGUAGACAAGGCAGUGGUUUUGGUUGGACAGUUGGAAAAACUUGCUGAUAAGAAUGGUUGGAGGUUGGCCCUUCCGUGGUGAUUAAGUAUGGGGAUGUGCUUACCGUGCCUUGGUGGACCUGGAAACGACUUGUCCACCACACCAGAUCGAGAGACAAGGAGACUUGAGCUGGCAGAGGCCGCUGAGAAGAGACAGAAAGAGACAACCUACAGGGGUGUCAAAAACCCCCAAGCAGUUGAGAGAAAUAAAAAGAAUAAGGAGAUGGAGAAACAAGAGAUGAGACCGUCUCCGCCUGGAGGAGGAGGAGGAGGGAUGAAGGUUAGUCCUCAUAUUUUCAACACAGAUUAUGUCAUGUCACAGUCUGCCUGCAACUUCAGGAGUGGCAGGUAGGCUAAAGAUAGACAUGGAGAGAUCCUGGAAGUCUCAAUGUAGACUGAGGUUCAGCUAACAACAUGAAGAGUGUUGGUACCAGUUGACUUAAAGGCUUUUUUUUUUUUUUUUAAAUGUCAGCCCAUUCUACUAGAUUUUUUUAUUUUUAAAUGCAAGGUUUUUUUUAUAUUUUUUUUAGAGCCGAUUGUGUGUCUGCAUCUCUCAACUUCGUAGGAUAGUUUGCCGGGCUUUGACGCUGGUUAAAAAAAUAAAAAAUAAAGAUUCUGUUGGCCAAUGUUGGCCGUGUGAAUCACAGGACAUGCCUCCCUUAAUGCCAAGAUAUACAAGAGAAUAUGCAAGCCAGCCAAUGGAGCUUUAGAACAGACAGGGUGGCGUAGCUAUGAAUAGAAUAUAAACACUCAGAGGAAAUAUGCUCUCACACUACAUCGAUAAACUGUACCAGGCGUCUUGCAGUGAACUCUCUCUCUUUGUGUUCUCUUUGUCCUCUCGCCUUUCUUUCUCUCAGCCAUUUCCACUUUGCCAGCUUUAACACCAUGGCGCUUACUUCUUUUGCAAUUGUUUCAGACAUUUUGAACUUUGAGGAAUAUUCUUGUGAUCUAUUUACUGUAUAGUAUAUUUUCCUUCUAAAAUUAUUUUAUGCAACAAAGUCCUUUUUACUGUUCAAAAUAGGCCUAGAUGAUUCAAAUGUCAUUUUCUAUUGUAGAUCAGUGUGAAAAGAACUACGUUUCCCAUAGCUACUGAUGAACCACAUGUGAACGUUUUAGAGUUCCCGCACCAGCACUAUUCAGUUGACUUUUCUAUUGUAGAUCAGUGUGAAAAGAACUACGUUUCCCAUAGCUACUGAUGAAUGUUUUAGAGUUCACGCACCAGCACUAUUCAGUUGACUUCACUUUAGUGUUUGAUUUUCAUAUGUCUGUGCAAUAUAAGUUAUUUGCUACACGUUGUAUUGGUUUGUAAUGUAUGAAGAAAAUGCUAUAUUUUAAAUGAGGUAAGAAGUUUGAGUCGUGAAAGCCUGAUGAAAGUGUUUUUUUUAUGCAUGAAUAUUUCUUCUUUUUUCCCUCUCAUUUCAACCUGUUCAGUAAUAUUGUUGUCAUGACAAUGUUCCAGGAAUUAUUUUAUCCAAACAUACACCGGUGUCACAAUGUUCUUUCUUGGGUAUGCAGUCUGUUGUCAGGAUGGUAAUAGGACUACCGUUAUUCACCAGGUUUCAGUCCAUUUCAGUUCAGGAAGUACACUGAAAUUACAAUGAUCUGCAAUGCUUUUCAAUGAGGAACAUUUUUUUUGGAUUUACUUUCUGAAUUGAAAUAGAAUUGACCCCAACCCUGUCAUCCACUGGGGCGUACCUGUCCACGAUGAUACCUGCAGAUCUGUCAUCCACUGGGGCGUACCUGUCCACGAUGAUAACUCUGCAGAUCUGUCAUCCACUGGGGCGUACCUGUCCACGAUGAUAACUCUGCAGAUCUGUCAUCCACUGGGGCGUACCUGUCCACGAUGAUAACUCUGCAGAUCUGUCAUCCACUGGGGCGUACCUGUCCACGAUGAUAACUCUGCAGAUCUCAGAAGGAAAUGGGAAGAGAGCCUGAACCAGCAGGUGUUAUUGUGCACUUGGAAGUAUUGCAUUUAUACCUGCCUUGCUUUUUAUACUUGAGGUUUCUUCUUCCUAUACCCACCUAGUGCUUCAAAGGCUCUUGCCAUUUUGAGGUGCAUGAAGUCACGCCAAUGUCAUUUUGUUGAAAUAAAGUUGUCAGAUGAC